AUGACCACCUCUUCUCCUCUGAGUCCUCCUCCGUCAAUUGCUGUACUUUCUCCUGAUUCUCCUGGUGCAUCCUUGGCUCCUAUGUCUAGCGGGAUUGCCGUGCCCGUCACUCAUGACCCAGUGCCUGUGCUGCUCCGUCACCUGUUGCUCCUCGCGUCAGAUUCCUCUAUGACUGUUACUUCUGAUCCUGCACUUGUGGCACCUUCGGAGACCAUCGUGGCCCCCGAAGUUCCUCCCUUAGAGACUUUGGCCAGUGCCCUCUUUGACCGUAUUCAAGACCUUCGCAGUAGCCAUUCAUCCGAUGCUGCUGCUCAUGAUGCAGUGGGCCAGCAGUUGCUGGGUUCAAUGUUGAUCGCAGACCGUGUCUCUACUCCGGGCUGGCUAAAGUGGGGCAUGGAGUUGUUGUCCGAGGGCCGCAAAGAGGCCCUGAUGCAAGAGCUUGCAAUGGUCAAUUCUGAGCCUGAGGAGGCUCUGCGAAGUGCCCAACACCAAGGACACCAGCUAGUUCGUCAUUCACCAACGCCGUUCGAGGCGGAUAUCGUCGAGGAGAUCGUCGACGGACCCCCUACUUCCCCAGAGUCUAUUCCUGCGGAUGACAAGAUGGUUGACGCCGAUGAGCCCCAGGUGGAUGAGUUGGAGGGUGAGGAUGAGGUAGAUCCUCCGUCUCCGAAGCAGGUUAAACCUGCACCUUCGACGGCCAAAACCCCUUCGUCUAAAACUCUUGUCGACACUCACCUUCGCAACAUUACCGUGGACGCCAUCGACUCUCAGGGCGUGAUACAUCUUAAGAACGGCGUGCUCAUCUCCCAGAACCAGGUGCUGCAGAGCCGACCCUCCUAUCGUGACCGCUCCUUGUCUCCUGACUUUUUCCCUCGGUGGCGCACACCGCAAAGCUGCUGCUUGGACUUGAAGGGUUGGCUGCCCCUUCGUGACUUCUAUGAGCUUCGGGGCUGGCCCUCACCAGAUGAGCCUUCUCCGGAGGAGCUGCAUGAGAGUCAUGCAGCGUUCAGGGACUACGAUGAACAAAUCCGUGCCCUCAACAAGCAUGGCGUAGGCGUAAAAGGCGCUAUGGAGGAGCAGAAGGCCUUCCGCGAGGGCCGACACGUACCUCGUCGUAUUGUUCCGAUGCACGGCAAACCACCCAUACUUGAUGAGUUACCUGCCCAUGGCCAGCUCUCCUUCCUUGUUGCUGAUGUGGUCGUAGCCCUGACUGUCUCCUCCUCGACUGCUGGACCUUCCACGUCCACUAGCAUUGCCUUUGCUCUUCCGGAGUUGGAGGAGGUUAAGCCCUCGACCACUAAGGCAGGUCGUGGCGUAAAGCGCUCGGGCUCUAUGGAGGCAUCGUCGUCUGGUGUGUCCAUUAAGAAGGAGGUCAAGGAGGAAGUCAAGGAAGAAGUCAAGUCUGAGCCAGUAGACGUCAAGCCCGCCUCGUCCUCUCGCUCCGCGCCUGCCAGACGUGCCACUGCUACACCCUCUGGUGAGGUUCCGUUCAUCUCCGUCCCUCUGGCUCCGUACCCAACUCAUGCUUCAUCAGUUACAUGA